UUUCACCAAUCCAAGAUGUGUAUGGAUCACUAUAAUAAUGAUACAACGUUUCGAUGUUAUUAUUUUACCUUCCUAACCGAAGCCAUGUCGUGUGCGAAAUUUUCUAUAUGGUUUCUAUGUAUAUUAUUUCAUUCCCAUUAUAGUUAUGGAAGACAUUUUACUAAUGAUUGGGCUGUACAAUUAAACGGUGGAGACGAUAUGGCCAAACAAUUGGCUGACGAAAUGGGCUAUUAUAAUUUGGGGCAGAUACGAGGUUUUCCCAAUGUAUAUUUACUAAGAAAAAAAGAGCAUCCAUCGAGAUCGAAGAGAGAAGCUAAACAAUUAAAUAAAAUACUAAAUGAGGAUCCACGGGUUCUAUGGGCCGAACAACAGGAAAUUAGAGUACGAGAUAAACGUAAUUUACGUUUGGUCGGUCGCAAUGGUGACUUUUAUGUUAAUCGUUUUAAUGAUCAACUAUGGCCUAAAGAGUGGUAUUUGCACAAUUCUCGAAGCGAGAAUGAAAUAACAAGGAGUAUGAAUGUCAUUCCAGUAUGGGAUAUGGGAUAUACAGGAAGAGGAGUUGUUCUGUCUGUAAUGGACGAUGGACUUGAAUGGAAUCAUACAGAUUUAAUUCGGAAUUAUGAUUCCAGGGCGAGUUGGGAUAGUAACGAUAAUGAUCCCGAUCCUUUUCCUCGAUACGACGAUGUGGAUUCAAAUAAACACGGAACUCGAUGUGCUGGUGUGAUUGCCAUGAUCGAAAAUAAUUUAAAAUGUGGAGUGGGUAUUGCUUAUAAUUCGAAAAUUGGAGCGAUUCGUAUGUUGGAUGGACCCAUCACAGAUGUCAUCGAAGGGUUAUCGAUAGCCUUUAAUAUAGAUUAUAUAGAUAUUUUCACUGCAUCUUGGGGUCCAACCGAUGAUGGAAAAACCGUAGAUGGACCUAAAACUUUGGCAUCGAAAGCAUUAGAGAAAGGAGCCAUUAUAGGAAGAAAUGGGAGAGGUGUUAUCUACAUUUGGGCAUCCGGAAAUGGUGGUUUUUUCGACAAUUGUAACUGCGAUGGUUAUGUUAGUUCCAUCUACACUCUUUCAAUCGGAAGUGUCAGUUAUGCCGGGAAACGUCUCUUCUAUUCCGAAAAGUGCUCUUCAACUAUAGCUACGACCUAUUCGAGUGGAUAUAUAGGCAAGAAUAAAAUAUGUGCUACAGAUUUACACGAUAAAUGCACUAAUCAGCAUUCUGGAACAUCGGCCUCGGCUCCUAUGGCUGCUGGAAUUAUUGCAUUGGUGUUAGAAGCAAAUCCUUACUUGACGUGGAGAGACAUUCAUCAUAUAAUAGUGUGGACGACUGACGUAAUGCCUUUAUUAGAAAACAAAGGAUGGAAAAUGAAUUCCAUAGGUUUGAUGUACAAUAGUCAAUUUGGUUUUGGGUUGCUGAAUGCUGAAGCAAUGGUAAAAACAGCAGUAAAAUGGGAAUACUUACCUCAGAAAACGACAUGUGAUGUCAAUGCAGAAGUAAGUUUUCCUGUACCGAUCUCUUCUAACAAAUCGGCCGUUAUCAUUUUUCAAACCGACGGAUGCAGAGAUACAUGGAAUGAAGUUAAUUAUUUAGAACACGUUCAAGUGUGUUUAUCCAUCGACUACACUGUUAGAGGAGCUUUGGAUUUAUAUUUAGUAUCACCCUCGGGAACCGAAACAAUUCUCCUUACUCGAAGACCUAAAGAUAAAGCGAUCGAAGGCUUUAAAAAUUGGAAAUUUUUAACCGUUCAUCUUUGGGGUGAAAGUCCUACAGGAUUAUGGAAACUCGUAAUAAGAGAUAUGGUAAUUUUCUAACAUUUUUUCCUAUAAG